GAGGGGGAAGCGCGGGGGGAUCACUCCCGCCCCCCUGCCAGCCGCACCGGUCUCUUCCCGGUGUGUGGGGCUGAGGCGGCUCUGAACCUGCCCUCGCCAAGAGGCCCGGCCCCGCGCCUGCUCCUCUUUCCCCCAGGCCGGACCUCGGUCGCGGUAAAAGCCGCUCAAGUAUCUGGAGGCCGCUGUGGGGAUCCCCGGGCUCCUUUGGGGGCUCUUCCCACAGCCCGGCUGGCCGGGGAAGGGGCAGAGGGGCGGGGCCUCGUGCCCCCCGCCCCCCUCCCAUAGCGAGGUUCCGGCGCUGGGCAGCGCGUGUGUGUAGCAGCGCUCCGGGAAGGCAGCAGCAGAUUGGACAGUCGCGCUCCCCACAUGAGGUGCCUCCCCUCGGUGGCUCUGUUCCCUUCCAGGGCGGUAGCGGCAGCGGCGGGAGGAGGAGGAGGGGCUACAGCCCUGCGCCGGGGGCUUCCCCUCUCCCAGUCGCGGCAGCGCCCCAGCUGGGCGCACCCCGGGAGCGGGCAGAGCGCCCCGUGUCUCCCUUCCCAGCCCGGCGGGCAGAUGUUACCACCCACUUGAACCGGAACCUUUUUUGCAAAGGCAGCCUCGGGCUGCUCGCUGCUGAGGAGGCUGCGGUGCCGCCGCCGCUGCUGUGUGCGCCGGGGGAGUGGAUCCAGCCCGCUUAUUGGGAGGUGGAGGAGGAGCGCGGUAGCUCCGCCGCUGGCAAUGGGGCUGUGCAUGCACCGGGCUUAGCCUGCUUGUGCAGUACAUGCCAGGGCAGGAUGAUUUAGCUGCUGCGCCCUCCGCUCGGCUGGACGUGCUUGGGGCAAGGCUUCUUGAAUGAGCCGCUGUGGGGAUCAGCCGGGGAGUGCGGCUGGAGGGAGCAGCAGCAGCCGCCACCGCCUCUUCCUCUCCUGCUUGUUGUUUUCUCCGCUGCUGCCCAUGGCUUCUCGCCACCGCUGGUGACGGGCUCCCCCUGCAUCCUCCCGCGCCUGGCCCGGCGGCGAAGGAAGAUGGGGAACACCACCUCCUGCUGCGUCUCCUCCAGCCCGAAGCUACGCAGGAAUGCCCACUCCCGGCUGGAGUCCUACCGCCCGGAGCCCGAGCUGAGCCGCGAGGACACGGGCUGCAACCUGCAGCACAUCAGCGACCGGGAGAACAUAGAUGAUUUGAACAUGGAGUUCAACCCAUCGGAUCACCCAAGGGCCAGCACAAUAUUCCUCAGUAAAUCUCAAACAGAUGUGAGAGAAAAACGCAAGAGUCUCUAUAUAAACCACCAUCCUCCUGGGCAAUUGAGAAGGAAAUACAGUUCCUGCUCCACUAUUUUCCUGGAUGACAGCACAGUCAGUCAACCAAACCUCAAAUAUACAAUUAAAUGUGUAGCUCUUGCAAUAUAUUACCACAUCAAAAACAGGGACACAGACGGAAGGAUGCUCUUAGAUAUUUUUGAUGAAAACCUUCAUCCCCUUUCGAAAUCCGAAGUGCCACCAGACUAUGACAAACACGACCCAGAGCAGAAACAGAUUUACCGCUUUGUUCGGACAUUAUUCAGUGCUGCUCAACUGACUGCUGAAUGUGCCAUUGUCACCCUGGUAUAUCUUGAAAGACUGUUAACUUACGCAGAGAUAGAUAUUUGUCCAGCAAACUGGAAGCGAAUUGUACUGGGUGCAAUUCUACUGGCAUCCAAAGUUUGGGACGACCAGGCAGUGUGGAAUGUGGAUUACUGCCAGAUCCUGAAAGAUAUCACAGUUGAGGACAUGAAUGAGCUGGAGCGCCAGUUUCUUGAGUUGUUGCAGUUCAACAUUAAUGUUCCCUCCAGUGUUUAUGCCAAGUAUUAUUUUGAUUUGCGUUCCCUGGCAGAAGCGAAUAACCUGAGCUUUCCUUUGGAGCCCCUCAGCAGGGAAAGGGCAUAUAAACUUGAGGCCAUCUCUCGCUUGUGUGAAGACAAGUAUAAAGACUUCAGGAAAUCUACAAAGAAACGGUCAGUUAGUGCUGACAAUCUGACUGUGGUUAGAUGGUCCCCUGCCAUCAUCUCCUAACAAUGGAGUCUGGGAUAUUUCGACAGAAGGACUGUUUCAUCCAUCCAAAUUUUUUGGAGUGUAAUGGGGGAAAGACAAGACUUUGGGGUUUUUACUUUUAGAUCCGUCAAGCUGCCUUUACAGUGCCUCCCCCUUGUGUAGCACAUAAGAAUAAAAAAUUGAGUGGAAGGAGAAAUCAGUACAGUAUACAGGAAAGGAGAUUGAAAGCAACUCUUUUUGUCACUAUUCCUCACAGCUUUACCCUUUUUGUGAGGAAACAGCUAGUCAAAUGCUUGGAAGAGGAAACAAAACAAAAAAAAAUGGAGGAGAGGCAGAAAGAGAUUAGGGGACUGUGCCAUUUUUUUAAUAUGCUGUACUCUUCAGCAGAAAUGACGGCAUGAAACCAAACCACACGAUAAGUUUGGCUGUGCACUAUAGGAAUGGAGUUGAAUUAUUUCAUCUUAAAUUAUUCUCCUUAGUUUUUUUUUUUUUUUUUUACUUGCUUCUUUGGGUUAUUUUUCCAGCUCUUCUGCACAGCAGCAAAUACAAAGUCUGUAUCUACAGUAGCACAAACCUCUGAAUAAAUAGUAUUGGUGGUUUUUUUCAUUGCACUUUUCUCCGUGGUUUGACUUAUUUGCAUUAUUCUUCAUAAUCAUUAUGCAUAUGUUAUGUUUUAUAUGCCUUUUAUUGUACUUAAAAAUAUAACUUGACCAUAGUGCUGAACCAAAAGUUUAUACCAAGAUCAGAUGAUCAUUCGUAAUUUCAUGAUUAUUUUAUUUAUAGUAUAUGUAGGUGUGUGUGCCUUCCUAGAAUCAUUUAUAUUUCCUUAAUAUAAAGACAGGAUUGUUGGGAGGAUUCAAUGAUGAGACUUGGGCCAAAUUGUUGAAAUUUCCAUCAGAUCUUGUAGUCCUUUUUGCAAAUUUUCAUAGCAUUAGAAGUUUAGAAGAAUUCAUUAUAUAAAAGAGAGGUUUUUUUGUAUAGGCCAACUAGUUCAUUCCUUCACCCCCAGGUCCAUUGUUGCAAGCAAUAGCCUCAAUUUUUAUAUGUUUACUUUAAAUCAAAGUUAGUUUGUUUGUAUAAAAUAAAAAACUUAAAAAAAAAAAUUGUUCCAGUGAAAAGGUCCAUAGAAGAGCAGAAUGUUAAUCUUUACCAAGGUAUUUGUCACAGGUAGAUCGAAUUUAAAAAAUAAAAAUAAAAUAAACCCUUUCAUUUUUCAGUGUAGGUGCUUUCAGAAAUUUAAACAAAAUUCAAACUGUGAAGACCAUUUUCUGCUAUGUUGAUUAUUGUACUCUUCUGUUGUUAUUGGUUCCCUUCUCUUACCAUGCCUAUUCCCUCAUGAGAGACACAAGAACCUUUUAUAUCAAAUAAUGUAUCUGUGUAAAAACAUUUGUUUGCUCUAUAAUGCUUGUGGGUGUCUGAUUUUAUGAAGAUUUUUUGCACAUUUUAGAAAGAUACAGUUGAAAAAUCUGGGUUCCCUGAAUUUUUUUGCAAGUUUCCUUGAAGUGAAUAGCAGCAGACUUCCUGUAUUUGACUUGCUUUAUGCACUACUUCAGACAGUAAACGAUAAAGAGUCCCUAUUAGUUUUAUUAAGCCCCAAGGGCUUAUAGCAGACAUACGGGCUCAUGGAUACAUAUUCCACCCCCAGUGCAAUGCUGAUCAGAUGCCUUGAAAGUGGAGAGGCACUGAAAGGAUUGAAGUACUAAUACCAAACAGAGUUUUCUAUUAAUAUUCUAAUGUGAUAUGUAUAGUAUGAAACAUAAAUGUUCUUAGUGUCUUUCAGGGCAUUAAAAGUAAUCUAAUUCUCAUCCUUUAUCAUUGUGCCAAUGCAUCAGAACUGUGAGUACCCAGGUCCCUUUCUUUUCCUUGAACAUCGAAUGUAAAGACCACUCUUUAAAAUAAAAAAAAAUUAGAGCAUUUGAAACUCAAUUCAAAAUAGAGCUAAUGGGACAUUUUCCUAGCAUUUGGACUUUGAGAUCCCUGCCAAGCAUAAAUUUAGGUUUUACAGAUCUGUAAAACAAUUUGUUUGAUCAAGCCUUUGCAAAGCAAUUUUCUGUUAACUUUAUAGCAGGAAUAUUAGUUUUAUCCAUAUUUUUCAGUGAUAGAGAUAUGAACGCUGAACUAUGUAAAGAUCUCAGUGCAUCUACUAUAAUUUUUGUGGAGUUUAUUAAACUACUUUAAAGAUUGUAUAGUCUAUUUAUUGUAUGUAUGUACAUACAGUCUGAUUUAAAAAAAAGUGGAUUCCGUAAAACCCGGCUCAGUCACGUUUAGACUAUUGAAUAUUGUUUUAGCCUUGUGCACUGGACUCUACCUCUGUAUAGGAGAAUUUUCCAUAUCCUUAUUUAGUACUGAUUCUGUGAUUAACUUGGUUGUUUCUUGCACUAAGAAUUAAAAA